AGACACUGUGAGAUGGAGAUGUGAGAUGAACAGUGCUUACUAUCUUCUUCACUCACUCACACCUAACCAUUUACAUCCAAAUUACUACAUAUCAUUACAAUUAUCACAGUUGAUCUUCUUCUCAAAACAUAUGCACCAUUUCUAACCCCCUAACUGCACUACACUAACAACAAAGGAAGUACAUUGUAUCUUGUGAGAGAUCAGAAACAACCCCACCCUCAUUGUCUACUUCACCAAAAAUGCUACACUGGACCUGCAUUGUCUUAAUCUCUCUCCUCAGCACAUUUUCUCCAUCUGUUUCAGCAAUGCUGAACCUCACUCUUCCUGGGCAACACCCAGACCCUGAAGCUGUUGUUCAAGACGUCCACAGGAGAGUAAAUGUGUCACUAUCAAGAAGACAAAUGCUCUCCUACUCCACCUCCGACCAGUCCACCACUUGCCCCACCGGCAACCCCAUAGACGAUUGCUGGCGGUGCGACUCCAAUUGGCAGUUGAACCGUCAACGGCUAGCCGAUUGCUCGAUAGGGUUUGGCCAAUAUGCCCUAGGGGGCAAGGGCGGCCGUUACUAUGUUGUGACGGACUCGUCGGACCACGAUGUAGUCACCCCCACCCCAGGGACUCUCCGCUACGCCGUGAUCCAAGACGAACCCUUAUGGAUUGUCUUCGCAACCAACAUGGUCAUACACCUAUCGGAGGAGCUGAUUUUCAACUCCUACAAAACCCUAGACGGCCGCGGAGCUAACGUGCACAUAACAGGUGGGGGGUGCAUAACGCUCCAAUACAUUACUAACAUCAUAAUUCACAAUAUUCACAUACACCAUUGUUACCAAGCGGGGGAGACUAAUAUACGGUCGAGUCCAUCACACUACGGGUGGCGCACAUUAUCGGACGGUGAUGGGAUAUCCAUUUUUGGAGCUAAGGAUAUUUGGAUUGAUCAUUGCUCCUUGUCACACUGUAAGGACGGUCUGAUUGAUGCUGUGAUGGGGUCCACAGGGAUCACAAUUUCAAACAACCACUUUUCACAUCAUAAUGAAGUGAUGUUGUUGGGGCAUAGUGAUGAUUAUUUGCCAGAUUCGGGGAUGCAAGUGACAAUUGCUUUUAAUCAUUUUGGUAAAAAACUGAUACAGAGAAUGCCAAGGUGUAGAAGAGGGUAUAUACAUGUGGUGAACAAUGACUAUACGAGGUGGGAGAUGUAUGCAAUUGGAGGGAGUGGUAAUCCUACCAUUAAUAGCCAGGGAAAUCGAUACAUUGCUCCCACUGAUCGCAAUGCCAAGGAGGUAACGAAGCGUGUGGAGACAGAAGAGAACAGGUGGAGGGGUUGGAAUUGGAGGAGUGACGGGGACAUAAUGGUAAAUGGAGCAUUCUUUGUGGCAUCUGGCGAGGGUGUAGAAGUUAAGUAUGAGAAGGCUUACAGUGUGGAGCCCAAAUCUGCUGUUCUCAUUGACCAGUUAACCAUGAACGCCGGUGUCUUUGGGGCCAGGGGCAACAACCUGGGCAAGUGGUCUGCCGGAAACAAUGGAGGUGGGAUGAGUGGUAUGGGGUCAAGCUCCGAUGAUAUGGACGACUACGACGAUGAGUCCAGUGGCAGUGCACCUUGGCCACCUUCCUCUAGUUCCAUUCUCUUCUCUUUCCUAAUUGCAUUGUCAUCCUUCUUGUUUCUACACUUAACUUCAAUGUUCAUGUCAUUGUAGUACGAAAUUAAACAAAGCUUCCUUCUUUUUAUCGUUGUUUUUCUUUUAUUUAUCUCGGUUCUAUGACAAUUAAACCCCCUCCUCCUUCGUUCUACCCCCAACGAGUAUUCAGACAACAACUGUUCCGAUGAACAUUCACUCACUUUUGACAGUUAUAUGAUUCUAAG